AUGUAUCUUGCUGUAUCUGAACACUCGCUGAGCACCGUUCUUCUGAUAGAAAGGGAAGGAAUACAGAUGUCAGUGUACUUUGUCAGUCAUGUACUUCAAAAUGCUGAAAUUAGAUACCCAACAGUGGAAAAGUUUGGUUUAGCCUUGUUCAUGGCCAGCAAAAAGUUUUGUCCUUAUUUCCUAGCCCACAGGUUAGUGGUCUACACUGACCAACCACUUAAACUACCUUUCACGAAGCUGGAGGCGUCAGGCCGAAUGCUGAAUUGGGCUAUCGAGCUGAAUGCCUUCAAUAUCACUUAUGAACCCAGAAAAGUCGUCAAGGGGCAAGCUUGUGCAGAUUUUAUUGUUGAAAUGACGAGGUCUGUCUUUGCCGAGAAUACCAAGACAGCGUCCAACAAUGAGGCCGAGUAUGAGGCCUUGCUCUGUGGCAUUAAAAUGUGUAAAGCGGCUGGCGCCGAGGAGAUUUUAGCCCUAUCUGACUCUCAACUGAUUGUGAGCCAAGUCAAUGGAACCUACGAGGCUAGGGAUUCGAUGAUGAUUAAGUGUAUGCAUGCCGUCCACCAAGAGGUGGAGCAACUGAAAAGCUUUGAAGUAAGGCAAGUCCCUCGCUCUGAAAACAAUCAAGCCGAUGCAUUAUCAAAGUCGGCCAGUUCUGCAUCCUGUGAUACCCCUCGUCACGUGUUCUGGGAAUUAAAGGAGCAUAAAAGCGUUGAGCAAGUGGAAGCCUACUCCCGCCCUAUGUUGGGAUGUGUGACGCCUGAGAAGGGGCAAGAAAUUCUAGAAGACUUUCAUCAGAGACUAUGUAGCUCACAUAUUGGGGGAAGAACUUUGGCAGAAAAGGCACUUCGAACUGGCUAUUACUGGCCGACCCUCAAGGAUGAUGCAAUCUCAUUGGUCAAGAAGUGUGACAAAUGUCAACGCUUUGCUCACCUAAUAAAUCGACCGGCUCAAGUUAUGACACCCAUCACGAGUCCAAUUCCUUUUGCUAAGUGGGGAAUGGAUCUUCUAGGCCCGUAUACUGCCACUCCUGGAGGGAAGCGUUAUGUCAUUGUUGUUGUAGAUUACUUCACUAACUGUUUUGCCUCUGUAGGACGUCCCCUAGCCAAUGGCCAGGUUGAGGCGUUCAACAAAAUAAUCUCUGAAGGGAUUAAAAAGAAGCUUGACGAAGCCAAGGGUCUGUGGGCUGAUGAGUUGCCUAAUGUCUUAUGGUCGAUCCGUACCACGACUAAGAACUCCACCGGCGAAACCCCCUUUUUACUAGCUUAUGGGGCCGAGGCCGUCCUACCCAUGGAGAUGUUUGAACCUACCUUGAGGGUCAUGCUAUACGACGAGAAUGCUAAUUGGGAAAUGAUGAAGGAGGCAGCAAAUCAGGGGGCGGCAGCAUCGUCCUCGUCAUUAGAAGGCACAAACUCCGGGGGCGGCUGA